AUGAUUAGAAUGAAGUUUGGUUUAAUAUUGAUAAGAGUGAAAAUUCAACUAUUCAUAAUAAUAAAACGUUUGCGAAACUUUAAUAGAGAUGAUACAGAGCGCUAUUAUGUGGCUAUUGAUCAAAAUAUUGGAUUAAGUCCACAUUUCCCUGAUUUUCAUGAUAUUUAUCUUCAAAUGUCUUGUUUUUGUAACGGAAAGAAAGACGAUGAUGUAUGGUGCAAUUCUGAGAAACCUAUUUUACUUCCUCGACUAAUAUUAGACGGUUGGAAUUUUGAAAAUACAUAUUUAAGAUUCAGAUAUCCAACGGAAUUAAGAAAUUGUACGUUUCCUUGUGAGAUUAAGUUGCGACAUGGUGAAAAUAAUCUUUCUCCACGAUUAAGCGAUAGAAAUGAAAACGGCAGUAUUAAUGAAACCAGUAUUGUAAAAACUUGUGUAACUCCAUCAAUAAUUGGCAAUUAUCGAUCACCAAAUGAAAGAUGGGGCACAACAGAUGGACAAUAUGUGGUUGAUUUUGCAUUCGACCAGUUACCGAUUUCUAAUACACCCGUACAGAAAUAUAGUAAUAUAAAACUAUCAUCUGACAUAAUAUCAUUAUUUGACAAUAUUGAUAGACAACAAUCUAUAACGGCAGAAAGAGAUCAGCAUUGUUAUCAUUUGCUCAAAUUUGUAAUUCCUAUCUUACCAGAACACGAUGGGAAACGAGUAUAUCUAAGAAUGAGACAUAGUACUACAAAAGAUUAUAAUCCGAGUGUACCAGCUUUGAUUGAAGACAUUGUUACAUACAGAUGUAGUAUUCAUACUAUCAGUCCUUUGAAUAUUCAACCAAUAACAUCGUUCAGUCAACAACUACAAUGUAAUAGUUCGGUUACCGAGCAAAGCAAUGAGGCUACGCAAAGUAGAGCUAAAAUACUAAAACGAAGACAAUCUGGAAUUUGGCUGACAGAAGCAAAGAGUACGAAUAGCUCGCCAUGUGCAUCGGACUAG